CGCCAGCUGUUGAUGGGAACUUAAGUUAAGUUGACCUUUAGGUAUAUCAUUGUGAAUAUUCAUAACAGCUGACAUCGAACACGAAUUAUUUUCCCGUAAUUGCAAAGAAAUAUCAGAAUCUCUCUCAAUGGAUCCAAAUUUACGAAAUCUUAAAGAUUUUCUGACACUAUAUAAUAAAGUCACGGAAUUGUGCUUCUCGAGAUGUGUAGAAACACUCUAUGAGCGGGAAUUAACCAAUGCCGAGAACACCUGUAUAGAUAGAUGUGUAACAAAAUUCGCUCGUUUUAAUCAAAAAAUGAUGAAUGUUUAUGUUGAAGUACAAACGGACAUAAACCAAAAACGAAUUCAAGAGCUUGAAACGACCCAGAAACAAGUGGACCAAGCUUCAGCAUCAUCUUCAAAGGUAGUUGUAGCAGGAUUAAAUUCAUUACCUACACCGGCAUCUGGAGCACAAACACCCGCCUACUCUUAAAAUAAAGAUCAGUGAAAAAUUAA